CCAGCUGGGCGGGGACUGCUGUACGACUCUGUAAAGUCUGUGAGUCACUGCACAACCCAUCAAUCCAAUUAAAUGUCUUGAGCGAGCGAGCAGGGGGUGCUACCGCCGCCGCUCGCCCCGCCGCGGCCGCCCCUGCUCGAAGCGCCCCUCUGAUCCAUGGCUGUCUGUCUGUACUUGUUACGGUGUAACCUCCUCCUCCUCCUCCCUCUCCUCAGGAGCCGCUGCAACUUCCCCUCUGCCAGCCGCCUCUGCUUGGGGACUGCAAAGGCAUGGGAUAGAUCCAGAGCCACUUCUCUCUAUCUCCCCUCCAGCCCUCGCUCAAUUUCCCCCCUUUAAAUUAAAGUCUGUUCCUCGCUCCUCGUCGUUUUAGAGAUUUGUCAGUCCAUUAUUUCCCCUGAUUUAUUUUCCCUCCCUGGGGCAGGGGGUCGCAGGGGCCGGUGGGUUUAUUUUAGGGAAGGGGCUCUCCACCCCCACCUCCGUUCCCCUUCCUCCUUUUUCGGCGGUGACUUGAUUGCCCUGCUCCUCUCCGCUCCCACCCCUCGAACUCACCGUCCCGCACUCGAGUGACGCACCGACACCCCCCGCCCACAGCCCAGACGUCCCCUCCCUCGCUGCCACCCCGACCCGUCUCGGAGCUGGACCCGGUGCCGACUUCUUCGCAGAAGGAUCUCGAUAGAACCGGGAUUACAAGUCAGGAUCGUGUGCGUUUUGCAGUCUCACUGGGGGUGUGGAGCCAGUUUUGCCUCAUAAAAUGCUGUAGAGAAAUGAAGGCAAACCUGCUUUGAGACACUCUCUCAUGGCUUCCUCGGUACACAUUUGAAAAGCAUCCAAGCUUCGAUCUGUCUAUCCCGCUCACAAAUUUUGCCUACAAGGGUCCUCCUCCUUCCCCUUCCAGCAUUACAACAUCUUAUCAGGCUGUUCCUAAAUCAUUGGGAUUAUCACACAGCUAUGACCAGCUGGAUCAUUCUAGUUGGAAAUUAAAUGCUUCUCACAUUGAAAUCUCUUCCAAAACAUCGCCACCGAUCUCCUUCAGCUGUGGGAGUUCUGCUAAAUGCCUAGUACUUCGUGCUUGAGUGCUCAGGACAGCAUAGAUGCAGAAUGAGCAAAAUAUAAAGGAUUGAAUGAGGCUCCAUGAGAAUCAGCUGAAGCAAUUCAGUAAAAGGCAAGUCGCUUUUAGGAGAAAAAUUGGAUAAGUACAAACUACUUGUAUAUGAAGAUAUCAAUGAGUGAGUGGCACUGAGGAGAGGAUUAACACUCGCCUGUGGAUAUAUGUUGGGUAAAGGAGAAAAACGUAAGUUUGAUGAGCAUGAAGAUGGGCUGGAAGGCAAAAUCAUGUCUCCCUCCGACGGUCCAUCCAAGGUGUCUUACACCUUACAGCGCCAGACUAUCUUCAACAUUUCCCUUAUGAAACUCUAUAACCACAGGCCCCUCACCGAGCCCAGCUUGCAAAAGACCGUUCUGAUCAACAACAUGUUGCGGCGGAUCCAGGAGGAGCUCAAGCAGGAAGGCAGCCUGAGGCCGGUGUUCGCCGCCGCCGCCGCCGCCGCCGCCUCGCCCCCGCCCCCGCCCCCGCCCCCGCCCCCGCCCCCGCCCCCGCCCGACUCGCUGAGCGACAGCUUCCGGGAGGCGCCGCCCGCCCCCAGCGCCCCCGCGCCGCCGCCGCCGCCGCCUCUGCCGCCCGCGCUCGCCGGCGACCUCGGAAGCACCACGGCCCUGGAGGUCUGCCUCACGCCCGCCUCGCUGCUCGAGGACCACGACGACGACUCGUUUUGCACUUGCCCGGCCGCGCCGCCCGCGGCUCCUGCCAGACCCUCGGCUCCAGCGCCGCCGCCGCCGCCGCCGCCGCCGGAGAAGGACAGCUUCUCCUCCGCCCUGGACGAGAUCGAGGAGCUCUGCCCCACAUCUACCUCCCCGGGGGCCGCGGCGGCAGCGCCCGACGGCUCCAGGGCGGGCGCGGGCGCGCCAGGCGUCCCGAGGCCCGACGACGCGAAGCUGGUGGACUCCCUGCCCGGGAACUUCGAAAUCACGACGUCCACGGGCUUUCUGACGGACUUGACCCUGGACGACAUCCUGUUUGCCGACAUCGACACGUCCAUGUAUGACUUCGACCCCUGCACGUCCGCGUCGGGGACGGCCUCCAAGAUGGCCCCGGUGUCGGCCGACGACCUCCUCAAGACUCUGGCCCCGUACAGCAGUCAGCCGGUGGCCCCGAGUCAGCCUUUCAAAAUGGACCUCACCGAGCUGGACCACAUCAUGGAGGUGCUGGUCGGCUCCUAAGAGCCCCGGACCGGCGCCUGCGCCGCCCAGACCCUGCGAGUGUCCCCGCACCCCACAGCUCUCCGCACUGUGCAUGCACCCUUGCUUGCCUUUUUCAGAGAAAAAGAUCGUUUUACACAAGGAUCACACUAGUUUUCGCUUUGAGCAGAGUUGGAGUGCCUUCAUCCACGUAUGACCACUUUUAACAUGCUUUUUUGAGUGGUUCUCAGAGACCUACUGCCCCGGAAUAGGAAAGAAUACCUUGGAAGACAAUGUCGCUAUGCUGAAUGACAAAAAUAAACAGUUCAAGUGAAGCACAAGGAAUAAGUUGGAAAAGCUGUAAAUUGCAUGUGCAUAUUUGUCUAUUUUUUCUAUAAGUUUUAUUGCAAGAGGUAAAAAGAGAAAAUAUAUAUAUAUAUUAUUUAGAUAAUCUCAGUACCUUUUCUGGCAUUUUCGCCCUGUAUAGGUUGACUUGGCAAUUCAGCCUUUUUAGAGGCAUUAACUAUUCCUCCUAAGUGUUGCAUUUACAUGGCUGUUUAGAAACUGCUGCCCAAAUUUAUUUUAUAUUUUUGUACAGAUUCUGCAGUUUAUGAUAUUGUUUUUCUAAAAACAAAUGCUGUUUAUACAUAUGAGAUAGCUAUUUUGAUAGGAUUUGCUCACAUAGUUCCUGCAAACUUCAGAUGUACAAGUUGUACUUGUACUUUUAUAGAGUUGUAAUGUUUUAUAUGUGUUUGGUGCAAAGAGAAAAUUGGAUCAAAUUAAUCCGCAGUGGAUGACCCCAAAUGCAAACACACACACACACACACACACACACACACACACACUGCUUUAAGAAAGGGCCAGGCGCUAUCACACCCAAAUUUCACAAGCACCAACCCCCUGGCAUGAACACCCGCCAGCACUGUGACUUCCAAAGCCAGAGCCACGUCUGCUCAUCAAACUUGCAUUAAGCAGUUGGCGGGAGAUGGCAGUGGAGCUGGGGGGGGGGGGGGGGGAGGAGGGGGUUGAAGUGAUGGUUCUCUUUAGCUCCCUCUCUUGAGGGGAAGGCUACCGAAUACUCACUGUAUUUAUGCCAAGUUUGUGCUUUUAAUUGUUCUUAUUUUUUUAAACAGAAACCCAAAUCUUUCCCUUUUGGCAUAAUUUUUACAAUUACCUGAAAUUUUACACGAGAACAAAAUUUUCUGAAAAGUAACCGACCUCCUCGGUUAGGGCUCACAAGGAAGAAACUACCCCAGAAGGCAUCCACUGUGUUGCUCAAUUGUCUUUUCCAGCUUCCCUUCCCUAGAGCCUUUGUUCCCUCUGUUGCUAAGUGCUGAAAAUGGCGUCUUCAUGAUCACCACACUGAGCGCAGCUCACCUCGGCCCAGCCUGGGAUGCUGUCUUGUAACAUCCGUUCGCUCUUGAACCUGGAGUUGGUACCAUUAUGUCACAGCUUCCAAUCUGGUUGCUUCCAUGAAUCAACUGCUUUAACUACACUUUACAAAGCUGAUUUACCCAAAUACACAGACAGGACUUUCUAUGCAUGUUCCUGCUUCUCCUCCACCACCACCCCCACCCACCCCCAGGACACUGUAGCUUUUUAUUCCUCCUGGUGUACAUUUAAUUUUUAAAACAUUUGUAAUGUAUCAUGCUUGUUGCCGAAAUUGUUGAUGGCCUUUUCGUUUCAGUUUUUUUUCUUUCUUCCAAUGGUACUCUAGCUGGUUACAACCUAUAUUGUUGAAAUGCAGAUGGCUUCUUUAGGAAUAACUUUUAUAUUUAUUUAAGAAUUUUUAAAUUAUGGGAUUUGUGUUAUUGUUGUUGUCUUUGUUGUUGGUCAUUUGUCAAUAUUCAGUCACCAAUUCUGCUCACUUCUUGCCAUGGAUAAAAUUGAGUCUUCCUGGCCAAUUAAAAAAGACAGCUUUAUAAAAUGGCACUUUAAACAAGCCAUAGAUAGUUUUAUUUUUAUAAUGCACAUGGCAAAGCAAAUGCAUUUGUGAUGAAGGAACUGCUCGUUUAAGCAAAAGAUUUGUGUAUGGUAUGGUUAAAUUUUUCUAUAUUUGAAUUUACUUUUUCCCCCCACUUGAAUGUGUUUUCGAAGGCUAAUUGUCCACUCAGUAGGAGCAGUGAGAAAGAGAUCAAAUUGCACUUGUUCUCCUACAAGCAGCCUCCACCUGGACGCCUUUCCCUGCUGCAGAUGCAGCAUUUCCCUUGAUAGGACCAGGGACCAUCUAGUGGAGGUGAGGCCUGUUGUAGAUGCUUCCGGUGUCACUGUGCCUGUCCAUUUUAAGAGCUUCCUUUUCCUGUGGAGAACAAGUCAGCCCAGGCGCCGCGCUUCUGAUAACCGGAGGCCCCGGCAAACUCCCCACAUGCCGCCGCACACACACACACAUACGUAUACAGACACAAUAGUGUUGAUUAUUCUGAACAAUAACAGGGUAAGGCGGUUGAUUUGCCAUUGUUAAAAACUGAUUUACAGUAACUUUGAACAACUGUACUUUGGUUGGAUUAGCAAAAUCGUGUGUUUAAACAAAUCCCAUAUGUUGGGCAACAGUUCAAAUAAGCGCAGCAAAGUGUUGCCCAAACAUGGUUCUCUGACUCUCUCGUAUUUGUAAGGCUGGGCUUCAAAAUCAAAACAGAAACCCCCAACAACAGCAGGCAAAUAAAUGCUUUUUAACGCUGGACACCCUUGCCGUAAAUGCUCGCUAUUCAAGGUCUGCUGAGGAAGACGUGGGAAAUUAGGGGCCCGUUUUUCAAAGAACAAAAACCCCAAGCGGCCACGUUACCAUUGUCUUAUUUUUACAAAGUGACGUCCCAACAGGGAAGAAUGCGGGCCUGGGUGCGAUCUCCAAGCCCCAGUCUGAGUGUGGGAUGUGCUUCCAGAUGCCACCUGGCUCUAGUGCCUUCCCCCUUUCUAAAGGACAUCGUGUGGCAUCCGGAGUCAGGCCGGCAGUUCGAGGUGCCUUUAGGAGAAAGAUGUGCUGGGCGGGGCUGGGAGAGGAAAAUUAUCGACAGUGAUGUGCAAUGAAAUGACAAGAUGAGAGCAGAAUCAUAAGAGCUUUGAAUUUGAAGUGAUUUUUUUUCGUAAGUUAUUUAUUCCUUUUUUUUUUUUUCUGUGUAAAUAUAUUUAUUUUACUGUGGAGCUCUAACAACAUCUGGAUCGUACCAUGUGCAGAAUGUAUGGUAGGAAUGUAUUCUCUUGUAGGAAUGUCAGUGUGUGUUCCAAGGGGUUCCAAGCCAGACCCCUGGAUCUUCUCAUUGUAUGCACCGUCCACAUUCAGUUUUCUCCUCUUCUCUAAUGUAGGUCUUUUUGAAAUAUGCAAAGGGUAUGGAUAAGGAAUGUUUUAAUACCUCCAAAUUUUUAAGAAAAUCAAGCAUCAAAGGGUUGAUAUUUUUAAACUUUUUUUAGUAACACUUUCUCUUGAUGACAGAAGGGGCAGCCCCACUGACACCCUCUUUCACACCAAAGGGUGAGAACUAGCCAGAGCCUCCGCUACACCUCGAGUGUCUUUAUCAAUUGAGCUUUUUAUUGCCAUAUCCCCGUGGAGUAUCCCAACUGCCCUGAGGUCAAUCAAGGAAAAUUUCUUAAAUAAAUAAGCUCCAAAGAGCCAAAGUAUCAUCUUACAGAUCGUUUUUAAAGCUUAAAUUUAUUAACCACCUUUGUGGUAAACAAUGAAUUAUGAAUACCACAGGGCAGCCUUCUUAAAUGACAGAUGUGUUAAAAAAAAAAAAAAAAGACUCUACUUUGUGCAGCGAUUGUUACCCUCUAUAUGAAUUGUCUUAAUUUCAAAACCUUGCUGUUACAAAUUGGACCUUUAUACCUUUUCUGAAAAUAUUGAAAAGAGCGUAUUUAACCUGUUCUGGCUGUGAAUGGUUAACUUCCUGUAACUGCCGAAGGCAGCGAGGUGUGUGCGUCCUGCUUGUAUACGAUUGUUCUCAGUGCUUCUAAGAAUGAGUCUAAAUGGUUCUUGAAAAUUAGCCAGGAUCACACGCUGUUGCAGACAAAACCAAUAAAAAUUUCGGACGUGUUUUGGGGAUAACAAGCUUGGAAGAGAAGUGCAGUCCAGACAAGCAAACAAACAAGAUUUUGGAAAAGAUGUACAUAGUGACAUAGUUUGGUGCAUGGUUUUUGAGGAAGGCUCUUGUCAAAAAGGAGGUGUAACCUUUCCCCCACAGACCUGAGAGCUGUGCCUUUUCUAUGCAAUAUUACAGACGUUACAUCGGAACCCAGAGAGCUGUACUCACAUGUAGGUUUGGGCUGUAAUCGAAACAAUUGGACAGAUUAAAUGUACAUGGAAAUGAGCAGUCUUACUUUUGUAGUUUUAUAUUAUACAAUAAACAGUUAAAAGAUGA